AUGGGCCGUGGUGGUAAGCAAUCACUAGUAAAAGAGACCGAACAAGAACGACGAAGAGAACCAGAAAGGCGAGAGAAGGUGAAAUGCUACCGUGUCGAGAAGCAAAUAAUGGGCAGGCGAAAGAUAGAGAUAAAGAUGGUGAGAGAUAGCAGCUCUCGACAAGUGACUUUCUCCAAGCGCCGAACAGGGCUUUUUAAGAAAGCCAAUGAGCUUGCAACCUUAUGUGCUGCGCAAAUUGCCAUCAUCGUUUUCUCUCCAGGGGGAAAACCUUUUUCAUUUGGCCAUCCCAAUGUUGAGUCUGUUGCUCGGAGGUUUCUAAAUCUGGAAAAGAAACCAAAAGUUUCGAUUGGCAGCAAUGUUGAUUCUCAGCGAGAGGCUAGAUUGGAGAAGCUUAAUAAUCAACUCAAUGAUAUGCUCAAGCAACUUCAAUUUAAAAGAAAGACGGGAGAGAUGCUAGAGAAAGCAAUGAAAUCGAAAGGAUUGAAAUCCAAACCUGUUGAUGAGCUAACUCUCGAUGAGCUUCAAAAGUUAAAGGGAGAACUAGAGGAGCUUCGGGAAAAGUUGCGAGGGUGUGUUACGGAAAUGGAGGCAUCUUCUUCACUACUGCUUCUCGCAAAGAAACCUAUUGACGAAAAAAAUGAGUAA